AUGCCUAGUAGAGGGGAGAGAGAACCGCGGAAGCAUAGGAGUAGGACGAGUCAGGAUUUGGGUUAUGGAGGGCAUGAUGGACAACAGGGAGAUGGUUUUGAGGGUGGAUAUGGAAAUGAUUAUGGGCAGGAGAGAACGAGGGAUAAGGAUAGGAAGGAGAAUAGAAGAUCGAGGGGUUAUGAUGAUGGGCUCGUGAAGGAGAAGAACGCUGCGGCUGGAAGAAGAUAUGAUGUUCAGGCCCCUGAUGCUUCGAUUGUUUUGGAGGGUUACAGAGCGGAUAUUUUGAAUGGUUUUGAGGAGCCACAAGAGCGGUACAAUCCAGUAAAUACGGCGCAUCCGCAAAGCUCCAUGUUACUCAAUAUCAACGAUCCUAUACAAGUACAUUUAUUAGUGGAGACAGCGUUAUGGGAUGCGAGGGAGUAUGAAAUUCUGUCUCCAGAAGAAGUCGACGACCUGAAGAAACAAUGCCAGUCCCUGAACCAACGAAUCCAAACCGCGCGACAAAAUUUGGUGGUCCACUCGAAAUAUCGCGAUGCGGCUCGUUCUAUGACAAAAUUAUAUCCGGAUAAGAAGAAGAGUGUGGAUUUGAAUGAUGCCAACAAACAAAAACGCGGUAUAUUUGGAAAUAGGAAUAGGAGCAAUAGCGAUCAGGUUCGGGAAGCUGACAUAGAGCGUGCGGCCAGUGAAAAGAAAUGUGAAGACUUGGCAGCCGAGUUAUGGUCUCUUGAAAAGAGGUUGAUUGAGCCGGAGCAUCGAUUGCUGAAGCACACGGCGGGUAUCCUUCAGAUGACGCAUAAAGGCCCGAAGAGAGAUUCAGGGGGGGAUGAUUCUCGUCAAGGUGGCAUACCUCCUGGAAGUCCGGAAAGUAUGUAUACAUACCAUAAUGCUAGGAACAGUCUUGAAGUGAUCGAGGAUGAAUUUGAUGAAAGGAGCUUGUACCGACAAUUGGAUCCUUUGGAUAUUUCUUUCGGGGCUUUUGGCAUGAACCAGGCAUUGGAAACGCCUUCUACAGAAAGGUCAAAAGAGCAUAUGCAACUCAUUACAACUACUGAACAGAAAUUGGAGGAUCUAAAUUCUGCUUUGAGAGAAGUAAUCAUCAAGGCCAAUCCUGGCCAUGAUGCAAGCCAAAAUCCAGUACCACUUGCAAGAACCAACGCUCAAGGAAAACCAACCCAGCCUGGAGAAACUUUACAAAAUCACCUUGAUUACUUGGAGAAGGGUAUCGCUACUCUUGAUUUAGAGUAUACUGCUUCCAAGCGACAAGCCGAUGAAUUAAAUGCUUCUAUGGAAGAUACUUUGGAGGAAUUGAAUCGCGAGGUUAGGGGUCUUCUUUCUCCUACACACCCAGAGUUACAAGAGCCACCAGCAAUUACCGGGCAACAAACUGGCUUGAGAGAGCAAUUGUAUUAUUUCCAGGAUAUUAUUGCUUCGGUAGAAGAGGAGCUUACGAAAGCUGCUGAAAUAGUUGCCAAUCCUCCGGUCAAUAAGAGUAAAUCUGGAGAUAGUGAUCAAAUGGAAGCCGUGCUCAUGGGUUUAUGGGAUAUCAUACAAUCUGGAGAGGAAGAAAUUCGAAAACAGAAGCAGGAGCGGAGACAAAAUCGUGCAGCAAACGGUCGUGUUCCUCAGGAUGAUUCUGAUACUGGCUCUGAGAUGGGUGAUCCAAAUGAGCCAUUUACACUUCAAUCAUUCUCGGCCAAGGUGCAGUGGCUGUAUUCUUCGGCUACUAAAUUAAAGGAGCAUAAGAAGGUUCUUCAGAGACAAAUCAAACAACAGCGAGAACUGAAUAACAAGUCCGAUGCUCAGAAGGAUGCUGAGCUUGUAAGCAAGCAAGAAGAGCUCGACAAAACUACAGGUCUUCUCGAGAGGACAGAACGUAAUGCUGCUGAUCUUCAAGAACAACUCAGUAAUGUCAUGACUGAACUGAUGAAAGCUAGGCAAGCAGAUAAGAUGGAUACCGAGGCGCAGGCUAAGGAUUCCGCUUCCCUUCGAGGAUUACAAGAACAGCUUGCCGAAUCCCGUCGUCUGCAUGAGGAGGAGCUUACCAAUUCUCAUCGUGAAGCUUCGGAGCGCAUUGCUAGUCUUACUGAUGCGCAUCGUGAUUCACAAGAACAACUUGCAAUCGCGGCUCGUGAUUCGCAGGAACGAAUUGCUGGCCUGGCAACUACUAAUCGAAAUCUUGAGGAUCAGCUCACUGCUGCCAACAAAAAGAUUGAUGAACUGGAAAAUGAACUCCAGGAACUUAAAGACGAUAACGGUAUCAAUAGUGCCGAUGUGACAAGCAAGUUGAGUGGGCAUGAAGCGAGAAUUGCGGAGUUGUCAACUGCUGUAGCUGCUGCUGCCACGACUAGAGUUGCUCAUGAAAAUUCUCUUAGAGAAAAGGAUAAGUUAUUGGCAGAGAAAGAGAAGGAGGUGGAAGAUAUCAGUAUGAAGGUUGCAGAAUUGCAAACGGAAGUUGUCAUUGCGAGAGCAGAACUCGAUGGUGCAUACGGUUCACGAGCUCAGCGGGCUGCAGAAGUUGCCUCGAAUCCAGCUAUUCAGAAGGAAAUCGAUGCUAUGACAAACAAGAAUAAGGCGUUGCAAGAACAAAUGGAUGCACUUCAUAAUAAAAAUUUCAUGCUUCAAGGCGAGAUUGCGGAACUCCAAGCCGCCAGGUCUCCGGGCCCAACAGCAAGUAGCGCGGAGGCGGAAGCGAAACUUAAGGAGCUUAAAAAGGAGCUUGAAGAGACGAUAGAAGAGUAUGAAAUUAUGACCAAAGCGUCGAUUGAAUGGGAAAAGGAGAGAGAGAAGUUAGAAGCGGAUAUUGAUAAAUUGAGGGAUGAGAGGGAAAAUCUUGAGAGUCAGCUGAGUGAUGAGAAGGUUAGAAAUUUGGGGAUGAGGAGUCCUGGGGAUGGAAGCGUGACGCCGACUAUGAAUAAUACGAGCACGACGGUGCUGAAGAAUGAGUUUAAGAAGAUGAUGAGGGAUUCGAGGGCGGAGGGGCUGAGGGCUUUGAGGGCUGAACAAACGGAACGAAGGAGAAUUGAGGAAGAAUUGAGAGCAAUCAAAAAGGCGCAGGGUCCGGGUAGAUCACGCUUGAGUCAAAGGGUUUCUUGA